CUCCAAUUCCCGCGGCUUUCAAGUCUGAAGACACCCCCUCUCUCUCCCUCACUCUCUCUCUCUCUCUCUGCGAAAUGGCAAACCAGCUCAAAGUUGAGGAGCUCCGGACCCAACUCGCCCAGCGUUGUCUCAGCACCACCGGAACCAAGCCCACCCUGGUUCGAAGACUCGAAGCCGCUCUCCGCAAAGAAAAGAAGCAACAAGCGACGGGCACAGACGGUGAUGUCUCGGCCAAUAAGAAGAGGCAGAGGGACUCUGAAAAUGGGGAUUCAAGUGUGCCCCGAAAAAUCAAAGCCAUCGAGAAGCUUCGAGGUAUGGGCAUUCGGCAAUUGCGAGAACUAGCUGCUCUUCGUGGCGUUUCCGAAACUGGAUCCAAGAAAGAGAUUCUAGAAAGGCUAUGUGACGACUCAGACGACCAGGACUUGCUGGAAAUUCCUCAAGCUAAAUCUAGUCAAGAAGAAAAUGAAAGCAAGAAUGAGAAGAUUGUAACCGUGACCAAAAAAGGUGCUGCAGUGCUGGAUCAAUGGCUUCCGGAUCACAUAAAGGCUCACUACCAUGUUUUGCAACUGGGUGAUGAAAUAUAUGAUGCCAUGUUGAACCAGACAAAUGUCGGGGAUAACAAUAACAAAUUUUAUGUGAUUCAAGUUCUUGAAUCUGAUAGUGGUGGUGCAUUCAUGGUUUACUAUAGGUGGGGAAGAGUGGGUGUAAAGGGUCAAGACAAGUUACAGGGUCCUUACACCUCACGAGACCUUGCAAUUAGGGAGUUUGGACAGAAAUUCUUUGCCAAGACCAAGAACCAAUGGUCUGAUAGAAAAGAUUUCAUUUUCCACCCAAAGUGCUAUACUUGGUUGGAAAUGGAAUAUACCAAGGACAAAGAAUCAGAUGUCAAAGAAAAUCUUGACUCCUCUAUAGGAACUCAACCUCGGGAAACACAACUUGAGCCACGUAUUGCAAGAUUUAUAUCCCUUGUCUGCAAUGUCAGCAUGAUGAAGCAGCAAAUGAUGGAAAUAGGAUACAAUGCUGAUAAACUGCCACUAGGCAAGCUAAGCAAAUCAACAAUUUUGAAGGGCUAUGAUGUUCUGAAGAGGAUUGCUGAUGUGAUCGGCAAGUCUAAUAGGAAAAAACUUGAGGAACUAAGUGGAGAAUUCUACACUGUUAUCCCCCACGACUUUGGAUUUAGAAAAAUGAGGGAAUUUGUAAUUGACUCUCCUCAGAAAUUGAAACACAAGUUGGAAAUGGUUGAAGCCCUAGCUGAAAUUGAGGUUGCGACAAAGUUGUUGAAGGAUGAUACUGGGAUAGAGGAUGACCCGUUGUAUUCUCACUACCAACGCCUUCAUUGUGAACUUACACCAAUUGGCAUUGACUCUGAGGAAUUCCAUAUGAUUGCAAAAUAUAUGCAGAACACUCAUGCAAAAUCACAUUCAAAUUAUGAUGUGGAUAUUGUUCAGAUAUUCAAGGUAUCAAGAGAGGGUGAACCUGAACGCUUCAAGGAGUUUUCCAGUACGAAAAAUAGAAUGCUCUUAUGGCAUGGCUCUCGGCUGACGAACUGGACUGGCAUUUUAUCCCAAGGUUUGCGCAUAGCUCCUCCUGAAGCGCCUGUAACAGGUUACAUGUUUGGGAAGGGGGUUUACUUUGCUGAUAUGUUCUCCAAAAGUGCGAAUUAUUGCUACGCUACCCAUGCUGCUAAGCCUGGUGUGCUGCUUUUGUGUGAGGUGGCACUUGGUGACAUGGCUGAGCUUCUAAAUGCAAAAUAUGAUGCUGAUAAGUUGCCAGAGGGGAAGUUAAGCACAAAAGGUGUAGGAGGUACUGCACCAGAUCUAUCAGAAGCUCAUGCACUUGAGGACGGUGUUGUUGUUCCCCUAGGAAAGCCAAAGGAGCAACUGGGUCAUCAGGGUGCUUUAUUGUACAAUGAGUACAUCGUUUACAAUGUGGAUCAGAUUAGGAUGCGUUAUGUCAUUCAAGUGAAUUUCAAUUUCAAGUGAUGACUAGUGUUCUGAAUUUCAAGAAUUUCUAGCACUAGAGCACUAAUCCAUUUUUGUUGCUGAUUUACUAGUCGUCAAGCAAUAAUGCUUUUGAUUAUGUAUUUUGGGAAAGAGGGGAGUUUUCACCUCUUCUUCUUGGGGGUAGGCAAUGUGAAGAAGAAUCAUGCUAUCUCGAGCACUUGCAUGUAAUGUUUGUAUAUUUGUGAGUUGCAAAUGUGUCAUUUGAGAUGUGAUUCUCUAGCUUUAA